AUGGAACAUGAAUCGGUGAAAAAGGAGUUUAGUUUGACUGAUCAAAAAACGGAAGACCAUCAGAAGCCACCAUGCGGAAGUUUCAUCGGAGAACCCGUACAGCGGGAACUAGUGGAGAAAAACAUAUUCGACAAUAAUCAGUCUGAUGAAAUAUAUAGUGAAGAUCAUUCUAUUAUAAAUGAAGAAUGUCCAAGCAGUGGCCUUCUAAACCAAUCGUUCGCUCCUCACAGAUCUUCUGUUGAAGUCGACUCAGCGGAUGCAGAUGCCUCCGGAAAUGGUCAGAACGAAACAUUCUCCGUAGUUCAGGAUGACUGUAAUGAAAAGCAUGGUGAGGGAACGUCUGCUUUCCCAUCACACUAG